UUUUCUAGCCGCCGUGCUCGCCGGAUUUUUGUGGGAUGCUCGUUUGCUCAUCUUUUGGAUCUUUGAUAAACGCUUCAAACCGACAUAUGUCUUCAACCGAAGACAGAUCCUUGCCUUUUUGCUUUAAGCCUGGUUUCCAUAUGGUUGCGUCUGUCGUUUCGGUCGUAUCUGCCGAGUGAAAAAAAUAUGUACGACAGAUACGACCAUAUGGAAACAUCAGACGCAACAGCCUGAUGCGACAGACGCGACCCAACACGACAGAUACGACUUGUCGCUUGAGAUAGAAUUGGUUCUAUCCCAUACGACAGAUACGGCAGGAAAUUGGCGUGAUGCAACCGCAUUUUGUAAAUGGAAACCAUUGCAAGCGACAAAUACAACAUAAACAUAUACCACAAUGCACUUCGUUUCCAACAUGGAGGCGGAGGAAGAAACACAUGCGUGCUCUGUGUCGCUGUUUAUGGAAGCUCUGCAGCGAUUCGAAUGCCUCUAUAACAAAUUUUUCAAAGAGAAGUUAGAGAAAAUUGUUGGAAGAAGUUGGCAGAUCAAUUCCACAUAUCUGCCGACGAGGCGGAACGAAAAUACAAGGACAUCACCAGCCUGAGCUCCUCUCUUCUUCGGUAUAUUGCUCGUACCCGAAAUCUGCGUGUUUUGCGUUCUCCUCUGUUGAACAGCCCGUUAAAGUAGAUAACAAGCCAAAAUGCUUUUCUCUCUCAUUUAUUGCCUCCAUGUUUCUCAUAAAUGGCGCGUAAACAGAUAAAGUAUGAGCGACUGAUACGACAUAUGGAGACCAGUAGUCGUAUGAGUUGCAUUGAGUUGUGUCUGCGCAGAUGGUGGGCAAGUUCAUACGACAAAUACGACAGAAGCGACAGACGCAACCAUAUGGAAAGCAGGCUUUAUGGCAACUUGUUGCGCACAAGAAACAAAGCUAAAUAUCAAUGUGUACAAAAUAUCAAUAUGUACAAAAUAUUAUAUGUAGUAGUAGCAAUUAAUGGUCGUAGACAUAAGGGGGGUGAGGGUGGUGUAGGGUUGGGAAGGUGUGAACCCUUUGCGGCUUGUAGUUAGAAGACUGUUAAUGUCAUUUAUAUAGUGGGUCUGUCCUCUAAUAUAUGCACAGAAGAUGCCACAGCAUAUCAUGAACAAAAAUCACGCAACUCGACUGCGUUUCGUUGCGUACGCUUUCGUUCACGGCACGCUGUUACGUCUUCUAUUAGAGGACAGACACCCGCAAAAAUGAGAUCUAGUGACCUAUUACCAGUUCUAUGAAAGCCAUUUUGGACUUAAUUAAGGUCAGUGAAUUACUAUUCUGUACCCCACCACCAAGGCCGUUUUUCUCUAGCCACCCCUUUUGUAUCCUGUCCUUAUUUGCUGUGUUGCGCCGACAUCCACAGGAAUCCUGAAGCAGAGACGACCCAUCAAACUGCAUCCUGACCGUCAUGCGCUUUUUCAGCCUCCACAUAAUUCAUCGCGUGAUGUGUGGGUACGAGACUGACGCUACGGGUCUCUGAGCAUGGCGUGACGAAAAGGUCGCAAAAAGGGUGCUCUAAACACGUGUAAUACAACACUGUACAAAUACAAUCAAAUCUUUGGGGCUAAAGAUGUAGGAUAGUUUUGCGUUGUAAGGUUAGUGGCAAGCAUUUGAGUCCACGCACAAUAAAAACAACUGCACGAUAGAAUAAUAAAGACAACUGCACGAUAGAAUAAUAAAGACUGGUAUGUAAAGCUGACACCCUGUUUACGCUUGUUAUUGUUCAUAUCCUAAUAUUUGAUGUAUUGAAUGUUUUGCCUGAUCAAAUUUGACGUAUCCAUGGUAAAAACAAUAAGGACAAGCAAAUCAAGCAUAAGGAGCUUCCGAGUCGCUUUAGCUAAAGAUCUGUUCCGUUUCCUUGUUCGUGAUGGGGUCGGGCUUAUCGAAACGCACAGUGGAGCCAGCACAAAGCACCACGAACUCUCCGCAAACCGUGCAAGCGGAGGAAUUCACGGAGGACAAAUCCCAACGAGUUGUGGUGGUGACUGGUUGUUCAUCCGGCAUUGGUCUGGCUCUAGCUGUGUUGCUCUCGCACGAUGCGGACAAACGAUUCAAGGUCUACGCGACUAUGCGAAACUUGGGGAAGAAAGAUGCUUUGCUGGAGAAAUGUUCUGGCGUAGUCGAAGACUUGUUGAAUAUCAAAGAGCUUGAUGUUUGCUCAGACGAGUCUGUCAAGGCUGUUGUUGCUGAAAUCGUCGAGAAAGAAGGCCGAAUUGAUGUGUUAGUAAAUAACGCUGGCAUUGGUUUAUUUUGUGUCCCUGAAUGUGCUACCACUGACGCCAUUAACAAAGUAUUCGAACCAAACGUGUACGGCCUAAUGCGCAUGACAAAUGCCGUUAUACCGCAUAUGAAGAAACAGCGAGCAGGUCACGUGGUCAAUAUUGGAAGUGUACUGGGGAUUGUGGGAACGCCCUUUAGCGAGAUCUACUGCGCAUCAAAGUUCGCUGUUGAGGGUUAUGCGGAGGCUAUGGCGCCUGUACUCGGCAAGUUUAACAUCAAAACCACAAUCAUAGAACCAGGUCCCGUCGCCACUAACUUCGCGUCCAACGCCAAAGCCAUUCGGGAUGAGGUAGACAUCUCCGGCACAGACGAGCAAACCCAAGCGCUACUCAAAUCAGCGCUCACGAAGAUGUAUCACUCGCUUACUAACUAUGGACAGACCCCUGAAGAAAUAGCGGAGCUCACAAAGAAGGCUUUGCUUCUGAAGCGGCCGCCGCUAAGACUACAGACCAAUAGCAAGUACAGACCUGACCAAGUCGCUGCGAAACUCUCGGAUCCCUCGGGCAAUAAGAUCGUGGAGCUGAGUACAAGCUUCUUCUUUCCUGAACAGUAGAGUGAGCUAGCGUAACACCAGCGUGACAGGGCUUUCCUUGGGAUAUGUACUUGAACAGCCUAGACCCUAUCCUUUGGUUUUUCGGGUUUCCUGUGGUUGAUGACAUGACGUCACCCGAAGCCUAUUCCAUGUUUUCUUGGUUGGCUCUCCUCAGUCUUCCUGACCCACGGCCUCGACUGCUACUUUGAAUAUUGAAGCUACAAUAUAUCAAAUAAUCCGACAGGCUUGAGAGCAGGUCAAUCAAGCUUGCGAAGGACAUGGAAAAAUACUACAUUAAAAAAUAUGUUGUAAGCAAAAACCCUGAAUAGACAUUUCUACUAUCGGAGGAUACUCUCGAGCUCGUCAUACAUCUAAUAAAUUCGGAAAAAUAUAGAUAAAAGUCAUGCGAUCAGUUUAUAUAUCAUCUUUGUAUUUACAAUAAUCAAUAAUCACCAAAAUUGCUCAGGCAA